ACUUAAAACGAUUGUUUGCGGACCGUUAUGACAUCAUAGAAGAAGAAGAAGACUCGCUAAUCUUGCUAAUUUUAAUUUCUUAGAUUCGCUUGUGUAGCUGCCUUACCAGUGAUGAGAACUGUUUUGCCAUCCAGUCUUUUCAAGUCCGUGCAAUACCUCCUCUUUUUCAUCCAUUUCAAAAACAAAAAGGAAACUAAUGAAGCGAUAAUCGUCUACCAAACAUACAUUUCAGUAAACUACAUUAGCUGGUUAGCGACAUAAAUGGACUGAAAACGGUCUAGCAUUCUGUUCGGAGACAUCAUCAUGCACGACGAGAAAUCCAUGACUCGUUUUAGCGACAGCCAAUAACGAAAUCCCAACCAAAUAAUAAUAGAAAACGGCUAAAAUAACUUAUUUCAAUAUAUCUUGAGAGCCAACAGGCUAACCUGCUAGUUUACAGGGGCUGUAAAAUGUGCAAUUGCGCAUGCGUGGAAACCGUGCCCUUUCGCUUAUUAGCACGAGACCGUUGAAAGCGCUACAAUGUUGCAGGAAAAACGUAUAAAGUUAUCGAACUGUAAUUCGAAGGCUAUUUAAUCUAUUUAAAUAUGACUUAUAUUUACCUUUUUUGCAACCUUUUAUUCUCUAAAAUAACAACAAGUUACACUGCAGCGCGAUACACUUCUCUACUAGAAGUAAACAUGUGUCAGUGCCAUAUUCUGUUAAAGAAUAACAGUGCGUGACACACUUGCCUGGAGCCAAAUAUUAAUUAUCGGAAAGACCUUUGUUACUUUCAGAACACCGCAAAUGCAGGUCUUUCUGAAUGCCACAUCGUCAUAACAGUGUGCUGAUAAAAAUGAAUAGACAGGGAAAGUAUGUAGAACAGCUGUCUACUAUGAGGUUUAAGUGGAGACAGAGCGUCUUGCUCUUAGCAGUGAUACUUGGAUGCAUUUCCGAAAUAACUGGUAAGUUACCAUUCUUCAAGUUAAAUAUGUAUAUAAAAGUUUAAGAAGAAAUUUAAUUCUGUCAAGUAGAUACAUUAUUACUGGGUUAAAAGCUCUUAACACGCAAGUACAGAGUCCCAACAAAACUUGAUUGUCAAUAACAGUUGUGAACGUGAGAUUGACGAAUGUAUUUCUAAACAGUAGAUUCAUUACCAGAGAACUAUACGUAUUAAUGUUCAGGAGAUAACAUAACUACUUCUUGAACAGUAUCAGAUAGGGCUAAUCGAUUUGAUUGUCCUACUAUUGUAUUAUUUUGCAUAUGAAAACUGCUUAUAAAUAUUUACUUGGCCUAGUGUUUAUUUUCCAUUAAAAUCCCUUUUAUUAAUUUUUUUACAUACUGUAGGCUACUGCAUAUAAUUAACUAGUACACAAACAUAUUAUUUAUAAUGACCUGAAAAUAUACUGAACAAAAAUAUACGCAAGGAAGGAUAAACGCAACUGUAAAUAAACGCAACAUGCAACAAUUUCAAAGAAUUUGCUGAGUUAAAGUUCAUAUGAGGAACUCAGUCAGUUGAAAUAAAUUCAUUAGGCCCUAAUCUAUGGAUUUCACAUGACUGGGAAUACAGAUAUGCAUCUGUUGAUCACAGAUACCUUUUAAAAAAUGGCCCUCACAAUGGGCCUCAGGAUCUCGUCACAAUAUUUCUGUGCAUUCAAAUUGCCACCGAUAAAAUGCAAUUGUGUUCGUUCUCCAUAGCUUAUGCCUGCCCAUACCAUAACUCCACCGCCACCAUGGCACACUCUGUUCACAACGUUGACAUCAGCAAACCCCUCUCCCACACAACUCCAUACACGUGUUCUGCGGUUGUGAGGCCAGUUGGACCUACUGCCAAAUUCUCUAAAAUGACGUUGGAGGCGGCUUAUGGUAGAGAAAUUAACAUUAAAUUCUCUGGCAACAGCUCUGGUGGACAUUCCAAUUGCACGCUCCCUCUAUUUGAGACAUCUGUGGCAUUGUUGUGUGACAAAACUGCACAUUUUAGAGUGGCCUUUUAUUGUCCCCAGCACAAGGUGCACCUGUUUUAAUGAUCAUGCUGUUUAAGUUGAGGAGAGACUGACUGCAUCACUUCUUCAUUUUAUAAGAAACAUUAAUGUGUUGAAAAUCCCAAAUUGUUUGCAUAGUCAACUUACACACAGCUCUGACACACCCACUUACCCCACCAGACAUGCCACCAGGGGUCUUUUCACAGUCCCCAAAUCCAGAACAAAUUCAAGAAAGCGUACAGUAUUAUAUAGAGCCAUUAUUGCAUGGAACUCCGUUCCAUCUCAUAUUGCUCAAAUAAAGAGCAAACCUGGUUUCAAAAAGCAGGUAAAGCAACACCUCACGUCACAACGCCUCUCCCCUAUUUGACCUAGGUAGUUUGUGUGUAUGUAUUGAUAUGUAGGCUACGUGUGCCUUUAAAAUGUAUGUAGUUUCUUUCCUUGAGCUGUUCUUGUCUAUUCAUGUUCUCUAUUAUGUCAUUUUUCAUGUUUUGUGUGGACCCCAGGAAGAGUAGCUGCUGCUUUUGCAACAGCUAAUGGGGAUCCUAAUAAAAUACCAAAUCAGCUUCUUGAUAUGCCACACCUGUCAGGUGGAUGGAUUAUCUUGGCAAAGGAGAACUGCUCACUAACAGGGAUGUAAACAAAUUAAUGCACAACAUUUUAUAGAAAUAAGCUUUUUGUGCGUCCGGAAAAUUUCUGGGAUCUUUUAUUUCAGCUCAUGAAACACUUUACAUGUUGUGUUUAUAUUUUUGUUCAGUGUAGUUUAUACAUUUCAUUUGCUUAUAAGAAAUCACGCAGCUGACCAAAUUACGUGAAAUUUUAGUUCUGUGUUAACCGAGAUUAAUACGAUUCAGAUACCAACUACUGUAAUUGUUACCAUAGUAUUGUAUGUUAAAAAAACAAACAAGUUAAAACAAAAUAGUUAUCUUUUGAGUAAGAUAAGAAGAUGUAUCUUUCUUCAGGUCAAUCAUGUGAGGGACAGUGUGGUGAAACAUGGGAGACGUGUUCAUGCCAUGCUACAUGUGUGUCCCUACUGAGCUGCUGUGGAGAUUACAGGCAGUACUGUCUCCAGAUCUCCCCGUACUCAGGGACCAUGAUGGGUGGAAGUGUCUUCUCUAUUCUCAAUGCCACCUUCUAUCCAAGCAAGCAAGAGCAGCUCACCUGCAGGUAGGUGUGGGUCACGCACACACACACACACACACACACACACAUUCUCUCUUACACAACAACAGAGCGGUCUGGUCAUGAGAUAACUGUGGGAGGUAAACAUCUAUGUAGCGUCUAGCUGUAGUGACCUUUGUAACACAUAUUGACACGUUUGAGAUAUGUCAUGGGUUAACCCUGGACUAUCAUGGGUUAACCCUGGGCUCUUAAAUCCUUAACUCAACUCUGUGGUUGGACCCUAUAAAGUCAAUAUCUUGAAAGAUACCAAUUAGUUUAGUGUGUAAACAGCUUAUCCUACCCAACUCCUAACUGUAACCGUUAGUAUGAAGUGACAACUGACCUUACUUUAAAUCAGUUUCUACCAGGGGGAACCUCAUCCUUCCUUACUGUAAAUCAGUUUCUACCAGGGGCAACAUCAUCCUUCCUUACUGUAAAUCAGUUUCUACCAGGAGCAACCUCAUCUUUCCUUACUGUAAAUCAGUUUCUACCAGGGGGAACCUCAUCCUUCCUUACUGUAAAUCAGUUUCUACCAGGGGCAACAUCAUCCUUCCUUACUGUAAAUCAGUUUCUACCAGGAGCAACCUCAUCUUUCCUUACUGUAAAUCAGUUUCUACCAUGGGCAACCUCAUCCUCCUUUACUGUAAAUCAGUUUCUACCAUGGGCAACCUCAUCCUUCUUUACUGUAAAUCAGUUUCUACCAGGGGCAACCUCAUCCUUCCUUACUGUAAAUCAGUUUCUACCAGGGGCAACUUCAUCCUUCCUUACUGUAAAUCAGUUUCUUUCCAGGGGCAACCUCAUCCUUCCUUACUGUAAAUCAGUUUCUACCAGGGGCAACCUCACCUUCCUUACUGUAAAUCAGUUUCUUCCAGGGGCAACUUCAUCCCUUCCUUACUGUAAAUCAGUUUCUACCAUGGGAAACUUCAUCCCUUCCUUACUGUAAAUCAGUUUCUACCAGGAGCAACCUCAUCUUUCCUUACUGUAAAUCAGUUUCUACCAUGGGCAACCUCAUCCUUCUUUACUGUAAAUCAGUUUCUACCAUGGGCAACCUCAUCCUUCUUUACUGUAAAUCAGUUUCUACCAGGGGCAACUUCAUCCUUCCUUACUGUAAAUCAGUUUCUUUCCAGGGGCAACCUCACCUUCCUUACUGUAAAUCAGUUUCUACCAUGGGCAACCUGUUAAGUGAAUUAUUUAACAAACUAUUUUAGUGUCUCUGUGCGUCUCCCAAAAGGUUGUAAGUCUUUUGGGAUUUAAGUAACGCCCAGAGUCCCGGUCUGCAUGGUCAGAGAUAUUUAUUCAUUGAGAAUUCUGCCAUCACAAUUUCAGAGUCCAUCUUUUAUACUCAUACGUCAUACAAAAAGAAAUCCCUUCCCUCUGUAGGCGGGCUGUAGUUUUCCACUCUAAAACUGCUCUACUGACCUUCAGUUCACACACACACACAUAUACACACAUGCAUACACACAUACAUACACACACACACACACACAUAUCCUACUCCCUGCUUUACUCAGUUAUUGCCGUUCUCACAAUAUUCUGCACCAUGUUUUCAUAAGUUUCUCCCCUCCCUAAAUUGGGAGGCCUCUUUAUCUUAGUUUCUCAGUUGUCUUUGUUGUCUGGCCUGACUCUUACUCACAUUGCUAAAUAAUGGCUCAAUGCCAUAGCCUUUACUGGUCCUACACUCACACAUUAUACACAGUUUCAGGGUGUAAUAAUUAGUCAUUAAUAAUUAAUCUAUCAAUUCCACCCUUUGACUAAAUAUUACACACAUACAAAAUAUAUGUUGUUAUAGAAAUGAAUCACACUCAUUGAAGUAUAUAAGUUGGUUUGCAUAUUAAAACAUUACAGGUUCAUCAGGGUUACCCCAUGAUUAAAAGCAUAACGUUACUUUUUAGCAAUGGUAACUAGUACAUCAUACUUAAAACGAGACUUUAAUACACAAAAGAUCAUUACAAUAACUUUUAAACUAGAGAUUUAUAGUUCUAGGAAAACAUCCAGUCUCAAAUUAUCUGGAUCGUCGUCGUCCUCCACCAAGCCUGGUAGGUCAUAUCCUUCAGUCGGAGUCCGGGAUUGGGCCGUAUCUCACCAUCUGUUGGGAAACUGCCUUGCUCACCAACCCUCAGACACAGGGAAUAAGACAACAUCCACAAAGAACAAGUAUACUCAUAGAAGCUAUAACUUCACCCAGAAUAGUUACAACAAUAGUUUUCCAUUUACCAAAUAUGUUAUCAAACUAACCGUUUAGGGAGCUAUCAAUACCAGAGUUCUCAGCCAGUUCGUUCGCCAGCGUGGUGAGUCCCUGAAGCGCUUUGGUCACGGACCCGUCCGGUGCUGUAUUGUUUGGGGAUGAAAGUACAGCACAUAGAUCCAAACAGAACACAAACCCCGUCCCGCUCAGCCAAAAGCAUAUCUAAAGCUGUUCUAUUCUGCCAUGUCAUUAAGCUAGUUGCCGCUGUCUGCUCAGCUAAUCCCUUUAUUGCAUCACAAGUGUGGUUUAUAAAUCUUUGCUGGUUAUAGUAAACAUAAUUCAUCCAAUCUACGUUUUUAUUAAUUGUUGACCACCAGAAAAUACUUGAUUCAAACCCAGCUGCGAUCUGAUUCCUAGCUUUGAAUUGUUCUGGAACCCCUCGAGGUACUCCUAUCCCAUCAAUAUAUAUAUAUCCUUUCAUCAAAGGAUCCCGGGAGGAGGUUCUACUUUCUACGUGACAACUCACCAGUCUCUGACACGUUUGAUUGUUUGCGUAUGUAGGUGAGUUCACAAUCAGUUAUCACCACACAACCAUCAGAUGUCAAUACGGGCCUGGUUUUGGUUCCUAAAAUCCUCUGGCUGCAACAAAGAGGAGAGAUUAGUCAUGGUCUCUUUAGGUGUGACAUUCUCUGUGUGGGAGCAGGAGCUAAGAUGCCUUACCCUGUAUCCUAUCUUAUUAGUCAUAGAAAAACAAUAAGAAUCCCCUGUGACUUCAAACUGAGGCAACCCAGGUCGGGAUGACUUUGUUAUGGGGGGUACAGAUAGUGCAAGUUACUACAAGACUCUUUCACCACAUUCCCAGGUGGCUUGCAUGGAACCUGACAGAGAGUUAAAGCCUGUCAAGGGGAACGGAGUAGUUGUUAACCUUGGUUUGGCUGUCCUACAGGCAUAACAGUCCUCUUUAGACUGUAUACUGAAUCCAUUCCAACCACAGGUUAAAAUCUAUUUACUCCGUCUCCAUCUGUACUACUUCCUUCAGGUCUAUAGUUUGCACUGUCUCACUACCUCCCUCAGAGAGGUUUACUCUAUAGGGUGCCCCAGUUGAAGAAGAUAUCUCACUUGUCAGGUCUGUAAUCUGUUUUAGCAUAAUUCAGACUUUCAGACAGUACCUACCCUCAUAUGGGUCGCACUGCCAUUUCUGAUAAUUCCCUACUUUCACAAUACUACACCUGUCCCUAAACUGUGUAUGGAGAUUGACAUAUCCCCCCCCCCGCUUGGUAUAAGCAACUACAUAGUCCCAGGAUGUACAUGGUGACAUACAUAUGGUGAUGUCCUUCCCUAAAGUCCCUAGUAUUUCCCCUUUCCCUACGUCUAGCUGUCUCCUAUGCCUUUUCAACUUGUGUUAGGUUAACUACCACUUCUGGCUGAAACAGGAGGGUCCAUGUGUGUUAGGAAUAUGGCCCCCACAAUCAGACAGCUACCUACCGUCGGGAGACCUGUGAAUCCCCACCCUUGCCCUGAGAACAUGUCAGAUGCCAGAGGCCAACCCAUUGCUUCACCUUCUACCGAACUCACACAGGGAUGAUCAGACAGGGUAAGGGAAUCUUCGUUAAGGAGCCAACCCCCGGACCCUUGUGGUUAUCGGAUCUUUCUCCUAACUCUGUGUUUGUUCGUCAGGUGUAGCUGGUUUUGCCUUUUUACAGUGUGUGACAUGCACCCAGAUGGAUCUCUCAGCUGUUCUGCUGGCAAAGGCAGUACUUGGUAGGGCCCUUCCCGCCAGGCCUGCUUCAGUCUCCUGGUUAGAUAGAGUGGGUCACCUUCUCCUUUAAUUCACCUGUGGGGGCACAAAACCUCUGACAUACAGGUGUGGUUAAUAAACGACCUUCUCACGUGUUCUGCUAGGGUGCUCUCUAGUUCUAUGUCUGCCUGUCUGGUUCUGCCAACUGUGGCAUUCUGUAAGGUCUUCCAAACACUUUCUCAAAGGGGGAUAACCCAUUUUAUCUGGGGUUACUCUAAAUUUCUUCCCUUCACUCCGUGAUAACACUAUAAAAUCCAUUUCCAAUUGCUGGAAAGGGUACUUAGCCGGAGGAUACUCACCCUGAGGUGCCCUUUGUCUGCCCUGGUGAUUAGUUUGAGCACAGAUAACACAUAUUUUUAAAAAAAAAUAAUUAGUAAUCCCAUGUGCAACAAAGUGUUGUCUAAUCUGUUCUACCAUCCAUCCCUCCUUUUGACACAUGUCACUGCCCAUGUGUCAAUAUUAUCACCUACCUAACAAUCACUUAGGUAAUAUUGGUAAUUUAUCAUCCAAUUGCCAUCCCUUAUUUUUAUUUAUUGGUAAAAUAAACUAUCUUUAAGUCCUCCUCUCAUGCCUUUAGAAUUUACCAGUGUGGAUGAUUAAUUAACACCAGAAAGUUAAAACAGAGUUCAGAGGCAAUUGAAAUUCCAUCCCAUAGUAUACCAAACAUUACCAUUAUUCUAAAUAUUUAAUAAAUGUUACUUAUCCCAAGUGUUCAUUAAUCCUCAUGACAUUCAUUCUCAUAAGAAAUCAUAUAUACCCCAAACUCAGCAAAAACCUAAAAAACUCCAUAAAAUUCACUGUGUGCUCCUCUAAGACCUAUCACCCUUGACCUGCUGAAAACCCCCCAAAAUUGAAACAACAAGGCUUUAUAAACAUCAUACUAGGUGUGUUGUUUUUUAUUUGAAAACCCCAAUUAAAAAACAACAACCAAACAGCCAGGUCAUGAGGACUCCUGAUUUCUCUCUUCCCCUUCUGCCUACAGUUUCUUAACUGGUGCCCUUUCCUUGCACAGUAACUACACGGUUCCUCACAUUCUCUAGCAAAAUGUCCCGUUUUGUCACAAUUGUAACACUUCCACUCACUCCUGUCUCCACUAUUACCAUUUCCUUCUUGUCUGUCUUUGCUACCGUAACCUCUCUUCUCUCCUAGCUAUUGACUAAUAGUCUCACUGUCUCUAAUUCAACACAAAACCCCAUCAUCCAAUGUACUCCCAGCAGAACUGGAAAAAAAACAAAACAGACUGUGAUUUCCAGGACACUGCACCUUUGUUUCUGGCCUCACUAUCUCCCCGGGAAUUGGCCCUCCCUCAAGGUCCCUCCCAAUCUGCUCUUGGUAAACUGCAAACCUUUUAUUGCUUCUGGUUUCAUAGGGUAUUGCUUCUGAUAUAGCCUAUGAUUAGAUUUGGGUAUCACCUGUACUGGAAUUACCCCUUUUAUUAAUCCUACGUCUGCUGGACCCUGGGACCACAAAUGCUCUGGAACUUCUUUUAAGUCUGACUCCUGUUGUUCUGUCAACAGGUAUUCCUCUCCUCAGCAUCUGCUAUUCUCAUCUAAAUGUACUAUCUGUGGAUGGGCUGUGUUGAUCGCCACUCACAAUAUUGACCCAAUCAGUGAUCCUCUUGCCCUUGGAUACCCACUGGCCCAUGUCUUUCCAGUCCUCUGCUGGCUCCUUUGCUAGGGACACAUGUGGGCUCCAUAUUUCCCUGAACAGUCUCUGACUUUGGGGCCCUAUUUCCACCUCCACUACUGCGUGGGUGUUGUCAUAGUAAAACCAUUUCAAGGCUAUAGUCCUUUCUGUGGUUUUAAACAGAGCUUCCUCAUAUUCUUUACUAGGGACAGAGUGUGUAUUAUACCACAGAGUACAAUGUAAGUCAUCCUCAGUCAUUUUAGGUGAGUCAGGUACUAGGGUUUUAGUCAAGUCUACUAAGGUCUUUGGUAUGUCUGAGUUACCUCCCCUCAACAGGUCCUGGCUAUACCAAUAACAUGGUUCCCCUUCACCACUUACAACCAUAUUAUCCUUUAUCACAUGAGCCUGCAUUCCCCUCACUGUCGGUCUUACUUCUAUGUUUAACUGCGUCAUCUCAUCUCUUCCCAAUAGAUUAACAGGACAUUGUACUGAAAUCAGUACAGGCAGAGUAGCUUCACUCCCUGUCUUUACAUGUUUCAGUGUUACUGGUGCAGACAGCUGUUCAAUACCUUUAUGACCAGAGGCUGAUCGCACUAUAAUUUUUUCUCCAUUAAUGUCAAUUCCCUCUGGUGCAUUAUCUUUACAAAUACAGGUUCGGUCUGCCCCAGUAUCACAGAGAAAUGUUAUCUUUUUACCCAUUACUGUCAAUGUUAGGUAUGGUUUCUGUUCCUGUUGUAAUGCCAAAUCUACAAGAGACAGAUCAAACACCUCCAGUUCUCUCUCCUGCUUCUCCUUUUCUCUCCUGUCUGACUUUCUCUGCCCUUGUCCUGUACUUCCUCUAUCUCUGGCUCUUCCUCACCUUCAUCUUCCCUUCCUCCUCCAGCCCCUUCUUCCUCAUAGGGAGGUGGGGCCGGUUGGGGGCAACAUUAUUCCCCUGCACUCUCCUUCUCCUCCCUACGUAUUCAUCAUCUGGAUUUUCUCUCCAUGCCUGGUCUGCCAAGUUUGGAUAUAACCUUUCUGCCCUCUGCUCUGGGGGAGGCACGGAGACCUCAACCUUCACUUCUCUUUUCUUCCUGCCUUAUCUCCUCUCUCUCCUAAGUUUCUAGUUCUACCCGCCAUCUCUCCCAGAGUGGCAAUUAGUUACUCUGCAUCUUCCUCUUCUUUCUUGGCUCUGUCCUGUCUGUUAUUCUGCUCAUGAUGGAUUGCAUGUCUCUCUGAGGCUAUUACACAAUUCAGUUAUUUUCCCAACAUACUCUCCGUAAUCGGCCCAUGGCAAAAGUGUCCUCUGGGCAUCCCCUGAAACCCACUGCCCUCUAACGGCAGCCCAAACCUUACUAUUCCUGUUUCGGGGUGGGUCAUUCCUUCUACCGCUCUGGCCACGUCCUCUGUGUUCAUGGCCUGUCUGCUAAAUGGCAUAUUAUUAUUAUUACUGUAUACAUCUAAGGUUGCUGGGGCCCCUUUCAUUCCCCGCCAAUAGAUUAGGUAAGGCUAUCAGUGGGUACUGGCCCCCCUCCUACUCUCUCUCUCUCUCACUGCUUAUUUCUCCUUUACACACCUUAUGUAUCUGUUUAAGCAUGGAUUCGAGUUUAUCUGCGUCUAGACGUCCCUCAAAACCAUACCUCUCCCUCCACCUGGUUACAUAAUGGACAUUUCUUCUAUCCCUGGAUUCCAUUUUAAUUACAUCAAGUAUUUCUCGUCCCCAGUAAAUUCUGGGACCUCUUGUGAGGAUUUGCCCCCCCCCCCAUGGUUGGUACUGUUAAAAAUCCCUUAGCCACCUCUUCUAUAUAACAAGUCAAUUUAACAAGUAAUUCAAAAUAGCUUCACACAACAACACCUUGAAUCACCCCUUCCUGUAUAUGUAAUCUUGACUAGUCCCCCAGAAUUAUCUCAUACUUUUACAGAGGGAUUGAUCCCCACAAUGUAAUCUUGAUAAUUCCUGACAGUCUCAUACAACAGGAAUGGGUUCUCCCUCCUCUAUACAACCACCUCUCCCUGUAUAUGUAGUCUUGACUAGUCCCCCAGAAUUAUCUCAUACUUUUACAGAGGGAUUGAUCCCCACAAUGUAAUCUUGAUAAUUCCUGACAGUCUCAUACAACAGGAAUGGGUUCUCCCUCCUCUAUACAACCACCUGGAAUUAUUCAUGUGACUUUUGAGCAAACAUUAGGUCUCACACGUAUACAACCUUACAUGAUUAUUGGUGUUGUAUCGGUAACCUGGAGUUUAUAAGGCUCCAGAACGGAUAGAGUUACAGCAAAAUCUACAGUUGUUUGUGACUUUUGACUUAACUAAUAUUCUAUUUCUCACACAUGCUAUUUUAAUUCCUUCUGGUGUACUUUUUGUAUUUGUUUAACCCGGAUUAUUUGUUGACUGCGCAAUAAUCUCUUACAGGUUACAUCCCAUAGGUGUACUUUUAAUAGUUCCUUCUAUUUCAACACCGGGUAGUUUCUUUUGGUAAUGGCCUAUUACCGUGAAUCAUUACGGACCCACCACCAGGUUGACUAGUCCCCCAGAAUUAUCUCAUACUUUACGGAGGAGUCUAUCCUCACAAUGUGUAAUCUUGAUAAUUCCUGACAGUCAACCCCACUUAAAAUGGCUACGCAUUGAUCAAUUUGCUACUUUUCAAUAUUUUAGCAAGUUCUCAAAUCAAUUUCACCAAGUAAUGAAUAAAGACUACUGACCUUAUCCUUGCAGCCGAGAUUCAAUGUAGGUUUGGAUUCCGUCACCGUCUCUGUCAUUAAUCAGGUGUCCUCUGGCCUGUUUUAACCCUUAAUGUCAAAGGGCAGGACUUUCUAUUUACGAAUGUAUCAUUCGCCCGUCGACGGUUUUCAGAGUUACCUGGAAUGACAGAAACAGGGUAUUGGAGUCCGGCUCAGAAGGACCAAGCUGUUAAGUGAAUUAUUUAACAAACUAUUUUAGUGUCUCUGUGCGUCUCCCAAAAGGUUGUAAGUCUUUUGGGAUUUAAGUAACGCCCAGAGUCCCGGUCUGCAUGGUCAGAGAUAUUUAUUCAUUGAGAAUUCUGCCAUCACAAUUUCAGAGUCCAUCUUUUAUACUCAUACGUCAUACAAAAAGAAAUCCCUUCCCUCUGUAGGCGGGCUGUAGUUUUCCACUCUAAAACUGCUCUACUGACCUUCAGUUCACACACACACACAUAUACACACAUGCAUACACACAUACAUACACACACACACACACACAUAUCCUACUCCCUGCUUUACUCAGUUAUUGCCGUUCUCACAAUAUUCUGCACCAUGUUUUCAUAAGUUUCUCCCCUCCCUAAAUUGGGAGGCCUCUUUAUCUUAGUUUCUCAGUUGUCUUUGUUGUCUGGCCUGACUCUUACUCACAUUGCUAAAUAAUGGCUCAAUGCCAUAGCCUUUACUGGUCCUACACUCACACAUUAUACACAGUUUCAGGGUGUAAUAAUUAGUCAUUAAUAAUUAAUCUAUCACAACCUCAUCCUUCCUUACUGUAAAUCAGUUUCUACCAGGGGCAACCUCACCUUCCUUACUGUAAAUCAGUUUCUUCCAGGGGAAACUUCAUCCCUUCCUUACUGUAUCUCUAUAUGUGUUGUUAUGUUGUUGAAUGCUAACGGUAACCAUGUUGUUGUGUUGCAGGUUCAGGGGUGAGAUAGAGGUAGUGGGUUACACUGACGGAGAAGGCAGGGCUUACUGUGUCUCCCCCUUACUGCUCCAGAGUGGAUGGGUUCCCUUUGACGUCUCUACAGAUGGCCGGAACUUCAACAGUUCUGGAGAAUACCUGUCAGGUGAGAGUUCCAGUUUGAGAACACUACAGUUACAGUAUAUGUGUAUACACAGUUUUUUAUUUAUUUUUUAUAACUCUCGUUAAUGUUUAGUAAAUGCUGUCUAAAAAGAUGGCCUCACUGUUGAGGAUGAGAUGUACACCGUAAACCAAAGUUCAUUGCACUUGCCUGAAGCUUUAUCAAGAUAAGAUUAAAGAUAGGAUAAGAUAUUAAGAUAAGAUGUAAAUAACUCCAGAGAGCUUUGAAACGAUGUUAUUUCACAUUAUCUGCUACUCCCAUGUGCAAGUUGUGUUGUGUUUCCUACAUUUCCAAAGAUGCAUAUUUCUCUUGUAGCUACAGAGUUACAUUUACGUCAUUUAGCAGACGCUCUUAUCCAGAGCGACUUACAGUUAGUGAGUGCAUACAUUUUUCAUACUGUUGCAACAUAAUAUGAUUUCCUCACACAGUUGCAAUUGAAUCAUUUUCUCACACAUUCUCUAUUCUGCUCUCUCUAUCAGUCCACCCAAGUAAAAUGGACGCUGCAUUUAAAGUGACACUGGUGAAUUCAACACAGUGGCAAUACUAUGGCACCCCCAACACAUCUGGAACACUGAGGAUGACAUGGAACCCUUCUCUGAUUGGAGACAAGGACAGCGUCAACAUAGAACUAUGGGGCUACAGAGAGGUCAAUACCACUACUGCUAAUACUACACGGGAGGAAGAGUUGUCCCCCCUGAGGGCAGAAUGGACCUACCUGUACUCUCUCGGUAGAGGCCUGGCCAACAGCGGCAGUUUCAGCUUCACCCCCAAGUCUUCCGAGAAGCCCUACUCUGACUGGGAGAUGGGGAGUGUCAGAGUGAGCUCCAGUAUCUACUCCGAUGGAGCCAGGUAUGGAAUAUGUACUGUACUGUACUGUACAUGGAGAGACAGGUAUGGAAUAUGUGCAUGUACUGUACAUGGAGAGACAGGUAUGGAAUAUGUACUGUACAUGGAGAGACAGGUAUGGAAUAUGUGCAUGUACUGUACUGUACAUGGAGACAGGUAUGGAAUAUGUGCAUGUACUGUACUGUACAUGGAGAGACAGGUAUGGAAUAUGUGCAUGUACUGUACUGUACAUGGAGACAGGUAUGGAAUAUGUGCAUGUACUGUACAUGGAGAGACAGGUAUGGAAUAUGUGCAUGUACUGUACAUGGAGAGACAGGUAUGGAAUAUGUGCAUGUACUGUACAUGGAGAGACAGGUAUGGAAUAUGUGCAUGUACUGUACUGUACAUGGAGAGACAGGUAUGGAAUAUGUACUGUACAUGGAGAGACAGGUAUGGAAUAUGUGCAUGUACUGUACUGUACAUGGAGAGACGGGUAUGGAAUAUGUGCAUGUACUGUACAUGGCAGAGUACUUGCACCUGAUUCAACUAAUUAACUAAUUAUCCCAAAAGUCCUUGAUGAGUUAAAACUGGGCUAGAGCAAAAAUGUGCAGUCCUGGCACGCAACUAGAGAGGACAAACAUAGGGACAAGGUAAGCGUUUCAUAAUGUAAAUGUUUUGAAGUAUUGACCUUGGGCGAAUCGAUGUAGUCGAAGCUGCAUUACACAAAGCCUGGUCUCUGCUCAACUCCGUUGGUGGAGUUCAUCAGAAAUGUCCUUCACCAUGGAGUUGAGUUUAGUCAGCUAACCAGCAGCCAGUGGCACUUGCCGCACUGAUAUCCAAUUUGCGGGUGCUUUUUCAAAGCCUAUGUCAGAUACUCCAGUGAGUGUAAUAAUCUCAAAUGAGUGCAAUUUGCUCAAUAUUAAGAGUUUAUAAAUAAAGUUGACAUCAUUAGAAAAGAGGAGAAUAUCUUCUUUCAAUGGUUGAAUACCCCUGCUUUAGUGAACUAUCCCUUUAAAAAUGCAAAGUAUGCCUCUCGACCUGUCCAGAAACAUUAGGGCUGUGUGUUGUGGGGUCCAUGCCCUGGCCUGAUACCUUACUCAAUCAGGACCCAGACUUCAGAGUCCUCUCUCACUAACUAUAUACCUGUAAUUGUGCAUAGAUAUACCGUCCCUGUGUAUAAACCUUGUAACUGUGUCCAGGAACGUCAGAGCUGUGUGGAGUGGGGCCCAUGCCUUGGCCUGGCACCUGGAGGAAGCCUUCAGGCAGGACUCCGCAGCCUGGGCCCUGGACAGGUGUCUGACCUGGGAUGUCCUGGAGAAGAGCCUCCCUAACUUCCUGGAGGAGGUGAUGGACUGUCCCUGUACCCUGGCCCAGGCCCGCGCAGACACCGGCAGGUUCCAUGUAAGAACUCCUUGUUCUUUGAGGACCAAUAACCCCUCAACCAAAGAGCACCUUCAAGCUAGGUUUUAGAUGAUCUGAUAGUGUAUCCUUGUAGCACUCCCCUUUAAAAGUGACUUUGUCUGAUGUUUCAGACUGACUACGGCUGUGACAUGGAGAAGGGGAGUGUGUGUACGUACCACCCUGGCUCUGUACACUGUGUCCGAGCUAUACAGGCAAGGUAGGCGACACGGCCACCGUAUCUCUUAAGUGUGGGAGGAUUCAGAAGAAGUAUUUAUUUGACACCUACUGACAAGAAGUUAUAUUUUAUCAUAAAAAUAUAUAACUUUCCUAAGUCAACAAUUGGUAUACCAAACAAACAGUAACAAACACCAGCUGUAUCAAUAACAGCCGAUUCUCCCAUCCCCAGCCCUAUGUACAGAGCAGGACAGCAGUGUUGCUAUGACAGCACGGGGGCCCAGGUUCUGACAGGGGACUCGAUUGGAGGCAGCACCCCAGAUCGGGCCCACGACUGGGGCUCCCCUCCCUACAGAGACCCCCCUCGGAUCCCCAGCCUCUCCCACUGGAUGUACGACGUCCUGACAUUCUACUACUGCUGUCUGUGGUCUGACCACUGCCGGAUCUACUUUACACACAGACCCUCCAGCGGAUGUAGACAAUACACACCACCUAGAGCUGGUGAGGAACUCAUGGGUGUUUACAGUAGAAUAGAAUGCUGUUGGGCUGUUACAGAGCCAUCUACUGUAUAUAUAAUGUAGUUGUGCUAAAAAGUGGUAAGACUUGGGGGAAAGUUUUGAGUACCGUAAUUUUCGGACUACAAGCCGCGCCUUUUUUCCCAUUUUUCGACCCUGCGGCUUAUAUAACGGUGCGGCUAAUCUAUGGAUUUUUACAGCUAACGGCCACUAGAAGACCUCCUAAAUCUAUGGAUUUUACAGGUUACAGUCCACCAACUUUAACUCUAUGGGCUCUAUGACCGGUCCGCGCCCUCCACCUUUAAGCGGCGGGCUCCAGCAGGAAAAGCUGGAGGCCGGGAAAAGAGUGAGACAGGUAGCGCGUAAAAGUGGAACCGAGAGUGGUACGAGAGACAGAACGAGAGACAGAACGAGAGCAAGACAGACAGACAUUACGAGAGCGAGACAGUUUGUCUCUUUCCCGACAAUCCCCUCUGUGCACGAACCCUUACAUAUGGUAAUUAAACAUUAAAACACCUGCGGAUUAUAGUCCAGUGCGGCUUAUAUAUGUACACAUUAUUCAAUAUCAUUCAAUUUAGCUGCUGCGGCUUAUACUCCGGUGCGCCUUAUAGUGCGGAAAAUACGGUACUUAUCAUAGUUUGGUCUCUCCCUGAGCCUCUUCUCUUGUAAUGCUGUGUUGUCUCUACAACACAAACAAGUGCCAAACUGCUAUUUCUCCCUGUAAAGAUUCUUCUCCUAUUUUUUCUCUUUCUCCACCUCCUAGGUGCAGUCCUAGGGGACCCUCAUUUUAUAACGUUUGACGGUGUGAGCUACACCUUCAAUGGGAAAGGAGAGUACUACCUGGUUCUCUCGCCAGACAGAGGGCUCAGUGUUCAGGGCCGGACAGAGCAGGUUAAACUAGAGAAUGGUGAGUUUGUUCUCCACUGGGAAAAGGGCCUGUCUGUUUUGUAGUGUACAGAGACAGAGAGGCCUACCACCCUGGCCUCCUCUCUCUAGGCUGUUUCUACCUCUGUCUCUGCCUCUCUGUCUCUCUAUCUCUACCCUUCUGUCUCGGUCUCUACCUCUCUGUCUCUACCUCUCUGUCUCUACCUCUCUGUCUCUACCUCUCUGUCUCUGCCCCUCGGUAUCUACCUCUCUGUCUCUACCUCUCUGUCUCUGCCCCUCGGUAUCUACCUCUCUGUCUCUACCUCUCUGCCUCUACCUCUCUGCCUCUACCUCUCUGCCUCUCUACCUCUCUGCCUCUCUGUCUCUACCUCUCUGCCUCUCUGUCUCUACCUCUCUGCCUCUCUGUCUCUACCUCUCUGCCUCUCUGUCUCUACCUCUCUGUCUCUACCUCUCUGCCUCUACCUCUCUGCCUCUCUACCUCUUGCCUCUCUGUCUCUACCUCUCUGCCUCUCUGUCUCUACCUCUCUGCCUCUCUGUCUCUACCUCUCUGCCUCUCUCUCUACCUCUCUGCCUCUCUGUCUCUACCUCUGCCUCUCUGUCUCUACCUCUCUGCCUCUCUCUCUACCUCUCUGUCUCUACCUCUCUGUCUCUCUGUCUCUCUGUCUCUACCUCUCUGUCUCUGUCUCUACCUCUCUGCCUCUACCUCUCUGUCUCUCUGUCUCUACCUCUCUGCCUCUCUGUCUCUACCUCUCUGCCUCUCUCUCUACCUCUCUGUCUCUACCUCUCUGUCUCUACCUCUCUGUCUCUACCUCUCUGUCUCUGUCUCUACCUCUCUGUCUCUACCUCUCUGUCUCUACCUCUCUGUCUCUACCUCUCUGUCUCUACCUCUCUACCUCUCUGUCUCUCUGUCUCUACCUCUCUGUCUCUGUCUCUACCUCUCUGUCUCUACCUCUCUGUCUCUCUGUCUCUACCUCUCUGUCUCUACCUCUCUGUCUCUGUCUCAGUCUCUACCUCUCUGUCUCUGUCUCUACCUCUCUGUCUCUCUCUCUCUCUCUCUCUCUGUCUCUGUCUCUCUACCUCUCUGUCUCUGCCUCUGUCUCUGCCUCUGUCUCUACCUCUCUGUCUCUACCUCUCUCUGUCUCUGCCUCUGUCUCAACCUCUCUCUCUAUACCUCUCUCUCUCUACCUCUCUGUCUCUACCUCUCUCUGUCUCUACCUCUCUCUGUCUCUACCUCCUUCUCUGCAUCUGUCUGUCUGCCUCUACCUCUCUGCCUCUCUGCCUCUCUGCCUCUACCUCUCUGCCUCUACCUCUCUGCCUCUCUGCCUCUACCUCUCUGCCUCUACCUCUCUGCCUCUACCUCUCUGCCUCUCUGCCUCUACCUCUCUGCCUCUACCUCUCUGCCUCUACCUCUCUGUCUCUACCUCUCUGUCUCUACCUCUCUGCCUCUACCUCUCUGCCUCUGCCUCUCUGCCUCUACCUCUCUGCCUCUCUGCCUCUGCCUCUCUGCCUCUACCUCUCUGCCUCUACCUCUCUGCCUCUCCCUCUCUGCCUCUACCUCUCUGUCAAAUCAAAUCAAAUCAAAUCAAAUCAAAUGUUAUUGGUCACAUGCGCCGAAUACAACAGGUGCAGACAUUACAGUGAAAUGCUUACUUACAGCCCUUAACCAACAGUGCAUUUAUUUUAAACAAAAAAAGUAAGAAUAAAACAACAACAAAAAAAGUGUUGAGAAAAAAAGAGCAGAAGUAAAAUAAAGUGACAGUAGGGAGGCUAUAUAUACAGGGGGGUACCGUUGCAGAGUCAAUGUGCGGGGGCACCGGCUAGUUGAUGUAGUUGAGGUAAUAUGUACAUGUGGGUAGAGUUAAAGUGACUAUGCAUAAAUACUUAACAGAGUAGCAGCAGCGUAAAAAGGAUGGGGUGGGGGGGCAGUGCAAAUAGUCCGGGUAGCCAUGAUUAGCUGUUCAGGAGUCUUAUGGCUUGGGGGUAGAAGCUGUUGAGAAUUCUUUUGGACCUAGACUUGGCACUCCGGUACCGCUUGCCGUGCGGUAGCAGAGAGAACAGUCUAUGACUCGGGUGGCUGGAGUCUUUGACAAUUUUGAGGGCCUUCCUCUGACACCGCCUGGUAUAGAGGUCCUGGAUGGCAGGGAGCUUUGCCCCAGUGAUGUACUGGGCCGUACGCACUACCCUCUGUAGUGCCUUGCGGUCAGAGGCCAAGCAGUUGCCAUACCAGGCGGUGAUGCAACCAGUCAGGAUGCUCUCGAUGGAGGAGGACCCAUGCCAAAUCUUUUUAGUCUCCUGAGGGGGAAUAGGCUUUGUCGUGCCCUCUUCACGACUGUCUUGGUGUGUUUGGACCAUGAUAGUUCGUUGGUGAUGUGGACACCAAGGAACUUGAAGCUCUCAACCUGUUCCACUACAGCCCCGUCGAUGAGAAUGGGGGCGUGCUCAGUCCUCUUUUUUUUCCUGUAGUCCACAAUCAUCUCCUUUGUCUUGGUCACGUUGAGGGAGAGGUUGUUGUCCUGGCACCACACGGCCAGAUCUCUGACCUCCUCCCUAUAGGCUGUCUCAUCGUUGUCGGUGAUCAGGCCUACCACUGUUGUGUCGUCGGCAAACUUAAUGAUGGUGUUGGAGUCGUGCUUGGCCAUGCAGUCAUGGGUGAACAGAGAGUACAGGAGGGGACUGAGCACGCACCCCUGAGGGGCCCCCGUGUUGAGGAUCAGUGUGGCAGAUGUGUUGUUACCUACCCUUACCACCUGGGGGCGGCCCGUCAGGAAGUCCAGGAUCCAGUUGCAGAGGGAGGUGUUUAGUCCCAGGAUCCUUAGCUUAGUGAGGCAGAGACCUCUGCCUCUACCUCUCUGCCUCUCUGCCUCUACCUCUCUGCCUCUGCCUCUCUGCCUCUCUGCCGCUCUGCCUCUACCUCUCUGCCUCUCUGUCUCUACCUCUCUGCCUCUAUCUCUAUGCCUCUCUCUCUGUCUCUACCUCUCUGCCUCUAACUCUAUGCCUCUGUCUCUGCCUCUCUGGGUCUACCUCUCUGCCUCUAACUCUAUGCCUCGGUCUCUGCCUCUCUGGCGCUACCUCUCUGCCCCUGUCUCUGUUUCUCUGUCUCUGCCUCUACCUCUAUGCCUCGGUCUCUGUCCCUCUGUCUCUACCUCUCUGUCUCUACCUCUCUGCCACUCUGUCUCUACCUCUAUGCCUCGGUCUCUGUCUCUCUGUCUCUGCCUCUCUGUCUCUGUCUCUACCUCUGUCUCUGUCUCUACCUCUCUGCCUCAGUCUCUACCUCUCUGUCUCUGCCUCUCUGUUUCUGCCUCUGUCUCUACCUCUCUGCCUCUAACUCUAUGCCUCUCGGUCUCUGCCUCUCUGGCUCUACCUCUCUGCCUCUAACUCUAUGCCUCGGUCUCUGCCUCUCUGGCUCUACCUCUCUGCCUCUAACUCUAUGCCUCAGUCUCUGCCUCUCGGUCUCUGGCUCUACCUCUCUGCCCCUGUCUCUGUUUCUCUGUCUCUGCCUCUACCUCUCUGCCUCUAUGCCUCGGUCUCUGUCUCUCUGUCUCUACCUCUCUGUCUCUCUGUCUCUACCUCUCUACCUCUCUGUCUCUCUGUCUCUACCUCUCUGCCUCUAACUCUAUGCCUCGGUCUCUGCCUCUCUCUCUCUACCUCUCUGCCUCUGUGUCAGCUUCUAUUUGUUUGGCUGCUCAGGGAUUCAGGCUCGUCUCGAUUCUGUAAUAGUUAGGCGGUUUGCAGAGCGAAGCGGUCUGGUCUUGAGAUACUUGUGGGAGUGAAAACAUUUUGGAGCUGUAAAAAGACAUCUUAUUUCAACAACUUGUUUCCUCUUGUUCUCUCCCAAUCUCUCUGGGUCAAUCUGACUCUAGAACAGCUGUUAUGAAGAGAACAGUGGUUAGGAGCUCCUCCAAACCCAUUACUUUACAUAAAGCAGAUCUGAAGCCAAAUCAGUGAAGAUGGCCAAAUGUCAGUGGUAGGGCUCAUACCCAAAACGUGUGUGAGGCAAUACAAAUAUGUCAAUGUAAAUGUAUUUACCGGAGUGCUGCCCUAUUUCUGGUCAUUGGAUUAUUUACCAGGAUCCAGCACCCGAUUUUUAAGUUUUCUAAAAGAUGGAGUCGACCACGUUGUUUAUCUUUUCAGAUGUCAGUGGUAUUCAGCUCAUCAUUUCUGACGGAUCAAUAGAACGUCUGGAUACGGGCUGAUGUUGCCAAGAGCUUUCAAUUUAAGAUUAUAUUAUACACUGAGUGUACAAAACAUUAGGAACACCUUCCUAAUAUUGAGUUGCACCACCUUUUGCCCUCAGAACAGCCUCAAUUUGUCGGGGCAUGGACUCUACAAGGUGUUGAAAGCGUUCCACAGGGAUGCUGGCCCAUGUUGACUCCAAUGCUUUCCACAGUUGUGUCAAGUUGGCUGGAUGUCCUUUGGGUGGUGGACCAUUCUUGAUACACACGGGAAACUGUUGAGCGUGAAAAACCCAGCAGCGUUGCAGUUCUUGACACACUCAAACCGGUGCACCUGGCACCUACUACCAUAACCCGUUCAGUCACUUAAAUCUUUUGUCUUGCCCAUUCGACCCUCUGAAUGGAACACAUACACAAUCCAUUGUCUCAAGGCUUAAAAAUCCUUCUUUAACCUGUCUCCUCCCCUUCAUCUACACUGAUUGAAGUGGAUUUUAAGAAGUGACAUCAAUAAGGGAUCAUAGUUUUCAUCUGGAUUCACCUCUGCAGUCUAUGUCAUGGAAAGAGCAUUCCUAAUGUUUUGUACACUCAGUGUAUCUUAUGUAUAUUUGAGGCUAUGCGUAUGAAGUCGAAUCCUCUACAUUAAUUACAGCUUAUGUUAAAGUGUGUCCGCACUUUAGGCCUACAGUAAUUAAGCAUUCAAACAAGUGUCAAGUUGGCACUGAAACCUUAGCCCAGGGUUAUUCAACUAUAUUCUUACGGGGGCCAGAUCAAAAAAAUAAUACAUUUUCCACAUGAUUAUUCUUCGGAAGAACUGUAUAAAAAAAAAAGCAACGCACACAAACCAAUAAAGCACUUUUCUUAAAAUGAAAUGUUGCUAAAACCAAUGUGAGUUGAGGUGCAACCAAAAAGGAAAAGACACAAUGCUCACUCACCAUUUCAACUAUUUAAAGCUUGUGAAAAGCAUUUCGAAAUCAUCUGAAAACUAAGCUUCUCAAUAAAUAAGACAAAGAUAUGUCAAAUCAGGUAAUGCCAAAUUCCUGUCUGAAGGAAUUAGGAUUUUUUUUGUUGUCACACUCUCUUCUAACGAGUCCUUGCCAGAGAGGGAAACAGAAGUCAAGUAGGUGUUCCUGAGAGUCGUAGCUUUCAGGAAUGGGGUCAUAAUAUUUUGUAGCUUAAACCAUUCAAACGCUACAUAGGCGCUAGAAACAACGCUUGUCAUUUUGGCACUGAACGUCGGAUUUUGCCGUAGAUUUUUUUUGCUGAUCUUUUAUUCAUGUUCAGAAUUGAUCAAAGGGCCAGUCUAAAUUUAUAAACGAGGCCCGUGGGCCGCCAGAUGAAUAGCCCUGCUUAGCCAAUAAUUUUCUGAGAAUCUGUUACACAUGUUAAUCUCUUAGGUACCUUAACCUAUAUAGGUUUUACCUGAGAGUAUGUUAUUUGUAUAAUCCCUCAGGUACAUUAUCCAAAGCUACCAGACUAUCGGCGGUGGCUAUGAAGGAGAGGAGCUCUGAUGUCAUAGAGGUGCGCCAGGCAGAGCAGCAGGACCAGCUGGAGGUGUUGAGGAACCAGCAGGUCCUCUCCUUCACAGAGCAGAGAUGGAUGGACCUACAUGGUAAGAGAUAGAAUAUCAGGCCUCAAUAUAAUCUGGUUUGUGUGCCGUGCUUAUAUUGUUUAAAAUAUGAAUUAAAGUUAAUCUCAACUAGUCUCUUGUUACUGGCCAGUGGGUGCCAAGAUUACAUCUCAACAAACAGAUAUCAAGUUAAUUUGGAGACAAAUCCUUACUUGAGGAAUGAGCACAUUGCCUAAAACUUCUACACAAAUCUCCCACCAUUGAGUGAUGUUAUGUGCAUGUAUCUCUCCCUCUGAAGAUGCGUUCUGCGUUUCUCCUCCCUUCAGGUGUGUUCCUGUACUCCCCAACACCCCAGAACGUGACCGUCAUGUUCUCCUCUGGGGUGGGGGUGGAGGUACGGGGGCGAGAGGGGGGUACCAUGGCCCUUACCGUGCUGCUCCCCUCAGACUACACCAACCUCACCCAGGGCUUGCUGGGACAGAUGAACUCUGACCCCUUAGAUGACCUCCUGACCAGCCUGGGAGAUGUCGUCUUCCCUGACAACCCCAGCCCUGAGGAAAUCUUCACCUUCGGAGCUGGCUGUGAGUCCCUGGGCCUCUGUCUGCAUUGA